AUCAGUGCGCGCCGGCGCAGAAGCCACAGUCAGAGCUGCUCUAAAGUGGAUCCUUCCUGGCUGGCUGCACCUUCUUCCUGCGCCCGGGUCCUGGCAGCUUGUGACCCCCUUUCCAGCCCCAGUGGGUGGGUGGCAGCCAACAUGGAGCAUGCUAGUGGGUCCAACAAGAGCAUGAUAGAGGAGUCCAGGCCAGUUGAGGGACAAGCUGAGGAUGGCACUCCACAGGUGCCCUCAGAAGAGCAGGGGCAGCUUCUGUAUCAUGAGGAGACCAUUGAUCUUGGUGGAGACGAGUUUGGGUCUGAAGAGAAUGAGACCCUGUCAGAAGACUCUAAUAAUUUUGUCGAUAAGCUAAACGAGCACAUGAUGGAGAGUGUCCUCAUUUCUGACUCUCCAAAUAAUAGUGAAGAUGAUGCAGGUGACCUCGGCUGUUUGCAUGACAUCGUGGAGCCUGCAGAAGACAGUGCUGGUCCCAGAUUGGAAAAUACUGAGGAUAAGGAAGCCUUGGACACUCUGAGCAGUGGCAAUGAAAGUGAUGAGGAUGAUACCCCUAAGGAUGUCUCUGAUAUGACCCCUGACAGCAGAGGGUCCCUGAAAGAAGACCCAGAGCAAGAAGCAAAAGAUGAGGCUGCAUUUGAGAACAAAAAUGCAGAGGACUUGGGACCCAGGGAUGAGAAGGUUCACUCUGAGACAUCAGUGUCAGAGCUGUCUUCCAGACAGUCUUCUAACGAUGAGUCCAUCCCUGUGUGCACCAUUUUCAGCCAGGCCAGUCCGGCAGACUCCCAGUCACCCCUGUUCUUACGGGAUGGGUUUGAAUCUCAGAUGGUGAAAUCUCCCAGCUUCAGUGGCGCCAGUGAUGCAGCAACCAAAACUCCUCCUCAAGUGGUCCAGCCAAGCCCAAGCCUAAGUAACUUUUUUGGAGAUACGACCAACACUAAUUCCGUGGCUGCGGACUUCUUCGAUUCAUUUACCACUUCCACAUUCAUCUCCGUCAGUAACCCCAACGCAGGCACUUCUGUUCCAGAACAGUUGUCCUCACUCACAACUCCAGUGGGAGAGCAGUCUCCAGGUUCUACUGGUCCUUCUUACUCCCCAGGGGUGACCAGAUCCGAAUCAAGCAUCUCAACAGCUUCUCUUGAAAUGGCUCAAUCUCCCAAACCAUUCUCACAGAUCCAGGCUGUCUUUGCAGGCAGUGAGGACCCCUUUGCCACAGCCCUAAGCAUGAGUGAAAUGGACCGAAGAAGUGAUGCCUGGCUGCCCAGUGAGGGGACCAGGGAAGUUCUGAUUUCUGUUGCAACCCAGCAGUAUAGCACAGUGUUCAUAGACAAGGAGAACCUCACCAUGCCAGGCCUCAAAUUCGACAACAUCCAGGGAGAUGCAGUUAAAGACUUAAUGGUUCGCUUCCUGGGUGAAAAAGCUGCAGCAAAGAGACAGGUCUUAAAUGCCAACUCAGUAGAACAAUCUUUUGUUGGAUUGAAACAGCUAAUUAGCUGUAAAAACUGGAGGGCUGCUGUCGACCUGUGUGGGCGUCUUCUCACAGCCCAUGGCCAAGGCUACGGCAAGAGUGGGCUGCCAACCAGUCACACGGCAGACUCAUUGCAGCUUUGGUUUGUGAGACUGGCACUACUGGUGAAGCUGGGCCUUUUCCAGAAUGCUGAAAUGGAGUUUGAGCCCUUUGGCAACCUAGAUCAGCCAGAUCUCUAUUAUGAAUACUACCCUCAUGUGUACCCUGGGCGAAGGGGCUCCAUGGUGCCCUUCUCAAUGCGGAUCUUACACGCAGAGCUUCAGCAGUACCUGGGGAACCCCCAGGAGUCACUGGAUAGACUGCACAGAGUGAAAGCUGUCUGCAAUAAGAUCCUAACAAAUUUGGAACAAGGCUUAGCUGAAGACGGCAGCAUGAGUACCAUCACACAGGAGAAUCGGCAAGCCUCCAUUCAGCUGUGGAGGUCGCGUACAGGCCGGGUGCUGUGCUCCAUGGCCAACUGUCUGCUCCUGAUGAAGGAUUAUGUGCUGGCUGUGGAUGCAUACCACUCUGUGAUCCAGUACCACCCUGAGCAGGAGCCACAGCUGCUGAGUGGCAUUGGCCGGAUUUUCCUUCAGAUUGGAGACAUAAAAACAGCUGAAAAGUACUUUCAAGAUGUGGAGAAAGUAGCGCAGAAAUUGGAUGGACUACAGGGUAAAAUAAUGGUUUUAAUGAACAGAGCUUUCCUUCACCUGGGUCAGAACAAUUUUGCAGAAGCCCACAAAUUCUUCACCGAAAUUUUGAGGAUUGAGCCAACAAACGCUGUGGCCAACAACAACGCCGCUGUGUGUCUGCUCUACCUGGGCAAGCUCAAGGACUCGCUGCGGCAGCUGGAGGCCAUGGUGCAGCAGGACCCCAGGCACUACCUGCACGAGAGUGUGCUCUUCAACUUGACCACCAUGUACGAGCUGGAGUCCUCGCGAAGCAUGCAGAAGAAGCAAGCCCUGCUCGGGGCAGUCGCCAGCAAAGAAGGGGACAGCUUUAACACACAGUGCCUCAAGCUGGCCUAGGCCUCCUGAGCUCAGGAAGGAGCAAGGCUCUGUACACUGUAUAAAUUUGGAACUAAUGUAUGAAUGUCACUGAUGGGUUCAAUAAAACUUCUCUCACUGCUA